AUGGCGAUGGAUCCCCUAAGCAGGAUGCUUAACUCCAUGUUUCCCAAACUCGAAAUUAGUCGGGAAGAUCCCAAUAUGUUGACAUACUCCACCAAUCAUUUCUUCUUUAUUGACGAUCUGAAAAUAGUUGCCCUCAAAGAAGAUGUGUUAGUCAAAAUGAUGGAGGCUGUUAAUGGAUUUUUUGAAAGUGUCGGCCUAGAGAUGAAUUCCGAAAAAUCAGCAUCUAAUGUGGAAUCUUUAUCAUGCUGUGAGACUGUCGAUGGAAUCAACGGAUAUCGCUACUUGGGUGUACUUGAAGAUGGCGGAAGUAAUGUUCUCAAGAAUAAAGUUAUGGACUCCAUAUUGGAGAAUGUCAAGAAGAGGAUAACUAUGUUGUCAAAAACAAACCUGAAUGCUGUCCCCCAGUUUAAUAAGGAAUUUUUUAGUUCUGGGACCGAGGACUUUCGACGUCUCCACUGUGAUCGGUGCAAAGAUAUGACGGUGCGAUAA